UUAAAAGUAUUCAGAGAAGUAACAACAUUUGUGUCUGAAAGCAGUUGUAGGGAGAAGCGGGCAAAAUGAUAAAAUAUUUUGGUCUUUUUGUACUCUUUCAAACAACAGUACUGGCGAAUAAGUUAGGCCAUGAUCUUACAUCGCUUGAGAUGAUACUAGAGGCAGGGUAUCCUGCCGAACAACACAAAAUCACAACUGACGACUGUUACAAGAUAACCCUUCAUAGGAUUCCUGGACCUGGGAAACCCGUUUUUCUACAGCAUGGAUUAGUUGAUAGUUCUGCGGCAUGGCUAAUUGCUGGAACCGACCACGGAGGACUGGCGUUUAGACUAGCAGAAGCAGGCUAUGAUGUUUGGCUUGGGAAUUUUAGAGGGAACACCUACAGUCGUGCGCAUUGUACCCUGAACCCAGACGACGACCAGGACUACUGGAAGUUUACAUGGGAUGAAAUGGCUAAAUAUGAUCUUCCCUCAUCACUAAAUUUUGUACUGUCUCAUACAGGUUAUGAGAAACUUCUGUAUGUUGGACACUCUAUGGGUUCAACAUCUUUUAUGGUUAUGAACUCUUUAGACCAGUCUUGGGCAGACAGGAUUGAACUUGCAACAUUCCUAGCUCCAGUAGCGUAUGUAGAUCAUAUGCUCAGUCCUAUACGUAUCAUUGCUCCAUUUGCCUGGGCCGUAGAAUGGAUCACUGAAUUCCUGGGUCUAGGAGAAUUUAUCCCCAGCAAUGGGUUUAUGGACCUGCUGGCCGAGUAUGCCUGUGAUGAAGGUUCCUGGCUACAGGAUGUGUGUGAGAAUGUCGUCUUCCUGCUGUGUGGUUAUGAUAAGCCCCAGAUGAAUGAGACUAUGUUGUCUACAAUAGUAAAUCAUAUUCCUGCUGGAGCAUCAACUUAUACUAUACUACACUAUGCACAGGGAGUGAAUACUAAAGAGUUUAUGGGGUUUGACUGGGGUAAUGAUGAGGAGAAUGAAGCUCACCACGGACAAAAAGAACCUCCUCUUUACAAUCUGGAAAAUGUUAAUGCAAAGGUUGCUCUAUACUGGGGGGAUGGAGACUGGUUAGCCCAACCUGGAGAUCUUAUCAAAAUUGUUUCAAGUCUUCCAAAUUUAGUUGUUAACUAUCAGGUUCCUUGGGAAGGUUGGAAUCAUCUAGACUUCAUGUACGCCAUUGAUGUGGAUCAAUAUAUAAACUUUCCUUUGUUAGAAAUGUUUGAAAAUCUGGAAAAAUAAAUGUUUAAGAAUGCAUA